AUGGCGGUCACCGUCUUACCGGCCAGCUCUCUAACAGAGUCCGUGAAACAGGCCCUCCGAUCAACGACAACAUGCUCCGACGCUACCGUGUUGUCCCUCCAAACACUCCUCCGCGGGUCGCCAAAGAUGCCCGAGAAACCCACGAAACGCACAAAAUCCACUAGAGAACCACCCGCGACACCGAGUCGAGCGAGAAAUUCCCGCGCAACGAAGACGAAACCUGCGAAUGAUGCGGCGCUGCAAUCAUUGGCCGAUCACGAGGCCGCGGCAUUGUCGUGUCAGGAGAAGCUGGUCUUUGCUACGGAGGUAUUCAAUGCCACAUUAAAGACCCUCACGGAUGCAGCCAAGAUAUCUACAGCAAAGCGUCAGAAUAAUACACCCGAUACUGCCCAUGGCCCCGACGCGGGAAUCGCCUCGGCUGCGGAGUGCGCCAGGCUUUCUUUGUCCACACUGCGCACUCUUAAAAAUGACGCUGGGAAUGACCAGUUCCCGAAUAUGCAGCUCGAGCAGGGGCUCUGUGUUCUUGCGGGAAAGCUUAUCUCUCUGGGACUGAACGAUGCGGCAUACAAAGAGCUUCGACUUUUGAAGCGGAGAAUCCAACAACAUCUGGAUGGCGGGAAGGCCGGGCAGAAGACUACAGAAGCGAAGGAUGCGGCAGACGAAGAAGCUUCGAAAGAACGGAUGUCGGAUCUCUUGACGUUCGCUCACAUCUCGAACGCGAAAUCGCUGUAUGGCUUGCUUGUUCCCUUUCACUCGAAUGUGAUGCGGCUAUUUGCUGCUGAUAGAAGAGCCUCCACAAUCCAGAAGGUCUCCCCUUCUUUGCAACUUUCUGAUUCGAGCAGCCCUGCUCAAGUCAUUUUGGCUGCCCUGAAGGCGGGUCAACUAUCGAAUGACAAAGCUGCUCUACAACUCCAGCUAUUAUCGAAUACAGUUCUAUCGCUUUGCUCGGGGACGUCUUUCUCAAAGGAUGAGGCCUCGAACAGUUUGAAGCCAACGACCUCCUUGGCCUUGCAACUACUUUCCCUCGAGGUUCGAUGUUUGGGCUGGAAGCUGUCCGGUCAUGUCUGUGACGAGAGCAAGGAAGUGUUCGAUCCUUUGCUUCGCUAUUUUGGUAAUUUUUCUCACCGGAGCAAGGGUAUUGAGAAAGCCGAGUUUGCUUCAAUCUACAAAACGGUUACCCGGAUGCAAACAUCCAUUGCAGAGGUCAAGAAGAAGUCCUCAGAAACACAAAACGCCAACCAGGCAGCCAAGCUCAUGACUCUUCUCGGGCAGCUUGCUUUCGACGCGGGCUGUUUUGAUGAAUCUAUGAAGCUGUUCACACAAGCCACCAACCCCCUCUCAAAAACCCAGUCUCUUUCGCUGGCAACAGUUCGGUGUAAAAUUGCAUCUGUUCAUUUCCAGGCUUCAAAGACAUCGAAAAAGUUCCUAGAUGGAGCUUUGGAUUCUGUGUCAGAGGCAACUCAAUCCCUAGGGUUGCAAUUAAGAGGAAGCGCAAACGACCUAGAUGAACUGCUGGUGGAAGCUGCAAGACUCAAGAAGCUGGCUCUUGCUUGGUUCGGAGAGGCUAUCACAAAAAGUUCCGAGACUGAAAGCGAGAAGAAUGAAGUUGCUAGUCAGAUCAGGGAAUAUCUACAAGCGUUCAUCAGGUUCCUCAGACGCUAUGUUGGACGCCAGCCAACAGAAGAUGGCGAUGAAAAGGAGCUCGAGAUGUUCAACAAACGCAUUUCAAUUUCUAGGAGCAUCAUUCUAGCUGCCAUUGAUUCGACUGUCGCAAUCGGGAAGCUUUCUAUCAUGUCUCACAGGCCACCUUGGGAAGACAUGCUUCCAAUUCUGACUGAUUGCCAUCGCCUGCUCUCGACUAUCGAAUCUCCCGAUGAAAAAGACGCAGAGACAACAGAAAACCUUGGGAUGGCACUUGUCAAGCUUUCAAACCUGUUCUGGUCUCGAUACAUCAAAGAAAAAGAGGCCGGACAGGGUUAUCGGGAACUCAUACCCCUUCUCAAACAAUCUACCCAGCUGCUUUCAAGCUGCUCGCCUUCUCAACGCAACACCGCAUUCGCAGCCCUCAAAUUCGAGAGAAUGGCUCAUCUGUACAUCGAAGGCAAUAUGUACAUUGAAUCAGAGCAGAUGUUUCGACAAUCGAUUGCAGAAUACAUUCUCUCUGGUACUCUGGACCAGAUCGUCAAGAGCAGCGGAGGAAGCAAUCCAACUUUGGUCAACCAGGAUCCCAAGAGUCCCGGGUUCAUGCUUGGCCGUGUAUUUUCCGCCCUUCUGAAGAUGAAGCUGCGCAGGAAGGGAUCUCACCCCUCUGUUGUCUAUGAUGAUGCUGAACUAGCAUUCGAACAGAGAUGUCUUCUUCUCGAAUGGCAGAUGAGCUUGCUUGUUGACAUGCAUAGCUAUUCUUCAAACGAAGAAGAGUUCCGCUUGAUUCUCGGCUCGGCUGUUUCCUCCCUCCUCGACCUCUACCCCCCUCACGUCUACCCUAUUCGCCACUCUCGUGUGAUUAUCUCUGCCUUGCGUCUUCUACUGGAGCAACCUACUGCCUUGGAUUCGUCUUUGAUUGAAACUCUGGUGGAUGCAGGAACAAAGGCUUUGGAUGACGGUUUGCAGGUCCGAGAUGAUGUUGAUCUUGCUUCAUUUGCAAUCCAUAUUAGCAACUCAUUGCGCAUUAUCAUCGGUUUCCACCGCGGCAAGAUUGACGCAAGCGAACUAGAUGACACGCUUGCAUCGUGGACUUCAUUGACGCGCCAGUCCCAUGACUGGAAAACACUGCUGCUCUGCAUCAAUGACACGGAUUACUGGGUCUUGCAGUUGAAGGCCCUGGUUGAUUAUACCGAAAUCCACGGGCUUUGGAAGGCUCAACUAUGCACCCUGGAACUGAUAUUGCGUGCCGCGGAGCUCCAGCAAUCAGGGGAUUUGUCAGACGCCAUCAUCAUUCUGUCGCGCUUGGUACUGCAGAAUUGCCGCCUGGGCUACUGCCAAAAGGCAGGUGAACUCCUCUCGCGUGGUGAGCAGUAUCUUGCUCAAACCAAGGUUUCUUCUCUUGCUAUCAUUUCCUACAAAGUUGCACGGGUGGAAUAUCUUCUGGAGACCGGAGAGCCCGAGAAAGCCGCCGCCGUUCUUUCAGCAGCGCGCGCACUCUAUGAAAAGUGCCAGAAGUCAGAACUAAGCAACUUGACUGUCCUAUCGAAGAUCUCAUGGGAAAGACUGGUAGCAGAUGCCGCCUUUGUUCAGUCCAGAUUGUUCUCCGCACAAGGCUCAGCAACCCAGGCUCUGUACUUCGCAAAGUUGUCUGUAAGGCUCAACUGCCGCAUAUGGGCCAAGGUUGAGAGGCUAGCCCAAAGAAAGCAAGACAAGAUGUUGCCUGCUGCAGGAAGCUCUGAUGUUGAGGCUGUUGCUGAUGGUAUCGCAAAGCUUGAUUUGUCUCAGAACGGGUCUUCCCCGGAUGUGUCUGCCAGCUACAUCCAAGGUGCGCCUUUCUGGCCGCAUCUGGGUUCCCACCAUACCUGCUUGUUGAACCUCGCAACAUUAUCUGCCCAUCAUGGCUUGUUCCAGGAUGCUAUCUAUUAUGGCGAGCAAGCGCUGAAAAUUGACAAGACCCUUGAUGCCAAUGCACGGCUACUGGCGGCGCAGACCCAGCUUGGUUGCCAUUGGAUUCUUAGUGGCCACAUGAAUGAGGGACAAGAUCAUCUCUCUGCAGCGGCCGAGUCGUCUAAACGAACCCAGCAAAGUAUUGAAACCGUGUCUUUUCAAAUGGCGCUUGCGUCUCUGUACAAGACCCAGGGCGCACAUGACAAGGCACUCCGUGUUCUCCUUGAAGCAGAUAAAAUCAUCACAGCGGUCACCUCGGCUGAUAUGCCUGCCAAUCUGGAGGCAGCAGGCAUGGCAGAAAUCGAAGAAAAGAUGGACAAGUUACGGGUUAGAACAAGCAGCCGGCGAACCCCAACACCUCGGACCCCAACACCUACUACGACUACCACCACCACUCGGCGGACCCGUGCAACCAGUUCCGCCCCUACCAAAACCACAAAGAAAGCCACAGCUCCAAAACUUACUCUCCCCGAAGUCCAAUCUAAAUCCCUAUUACAGCUCAAAGGCAACAUCCUCAGACAGCAAGCUGAUUGCCUGCGGGAAUUGCGCGACUUUGAGCGAUCUGCCCAAACACUUGCAGAAGCCAGACAAUUUGCCGUGGCUCGAGAAAGCAAGAUCACUCUGGAGAUCGGUGAAAGCGAGCAUCUGUUGGCCGAUGCAAUUCGCCGUUUUGCCAGCCAUGCCGUGUACUGUGUCUUACCUGAAUCUACAAUUUCGCUCCCGUCACUCAAAACACCAAGCAAGACGGCAGAUGAGCCUAGUUUACCCCCGACAAAGCCGACAAGGAAAACGAGGGCUCCAGCCAAAACAACGCGCACCAAGGCUCAACGAGCCAGUGAUGACUUUUCGGUUAUGUUGUCCAAAGCGAGCGAUUGUCUUGCCAGUGUCUUCUCUGAUGCCACAAUUCUAGGCUCAACGCUUGAUAGCCAUGCGGCAUCUCGCUUGAUGAGUCGGAUCUCUAUGCUAUCGCAUGCGACUUCUCCCGGGAUCCCAGCGACUCUGGCUCAGUCGCCCGCAAAUAUGAAUGAGAUCGGACGUGUUGGCGCAUUUGCCCGGGAGCGUAUGGCGAUUGAUAUCGAUCGACAGCUGGCUGAUUUUGCCGACCCCUUGUUUUGGCCAACCUCGUUCCCCUCAGCUGUCGAGCUGGACAAUGAUCUUUGCUCCAACUUCACACAGGAUUACGUCGACAUUCUGCCCGAAACUUGGAAUGUUCUCUCUUUGUCAUUGAGUGCAGACCAUACUGAAUUUGUGGUUUCACGACUCCAAAAAGACCGCUCGCCGUUCCUUCUGCGUCUUCCCCUCCACCGCGGGAACUCAGAAGAUGACGAUGAAGAGCAGUUCACUUUCGAGGAUGGAAAAGAGGAAAUGCAAGAACUCAUCAAGCUCGCCAACGAAAGUGCACAUGCAGCCAAGGCCCAGACGGACAAGUUGUCGAAGAAGGAAUGGUGGAAGACCCGCGAAGCGCUCGACCGUAGGAUGGAAAGUGUGCUUCAAAACAUUGAGAACAUAUGGUUUGGAGGGUUCCGCGGUGUGUUCUCACCGCUGUCGCGGGAGACUACCGCGCUGGCCCGGUUCGCGAGUACUUUCCAAAGCAUCCUUGACAAGCAUCUUCCUUCUCGGCAGAAGGGUGGCAAGGCUGCCGGGCCCCGGCUCACGCUACACCAGAAUGUAGUGGACUUGUUCAUCGGGCUUCGCGAUCUUGAAGAGCAAGAAGAGCCCGAAGACACGCUGAUGGAUCUUCUUUACUUUGUCGUGGAUAUUCUACAAUUCCAGGGCGAGCGCAAUGCCUAUGACGAGAUUGACUUCGACAUGAUGGUCGUAGAUACCCUCGAUGCCUUGCGAGGCUACCACGAAGCUGCGCGUGAUGAACUUGCAUCACGGCCGCCGAGACAUACAAUCCUCGUGCUCGAUAAAGCUCUCCACCUGUUCCCGUGGGAAUCACUUCCCUGUCUCCAAGGAUAUCCUGUUUGUCGCGUCCCAUCCCUCGAAUGCCUCCGGGACCGAGUCCUCCAAUUCCGCAAGGCAUCCUCCGGAGCCAUCGUUGACCGCAACUCUGGCGCAUUUGUCCUCAACCCAACAGGCGACCUACGCACAACGCAAACAACUUUCGAACAAGACCUUUCCAAGUUCAAAUCCUGGACUGCAGUCGUACAGCGCGAACCAACCGAAGACGAAUUCCGCGACGCGCUGGAAAAGAAGGGUCUAUUCCUGUACUUCGGCCACGGCAGCGGCGCGCAGUAUAUCCGCGGCCGUACAGUCAAGCGACUCACGCAAUGCGCUGUUACUUUCCUCAUGGGAUGUAGUAGCGGCACUUUGACCGAAGCCGGCGAGUAUGAGCCCUACGGCACGCCGAUGAAUUAUCUCCAUGCAGGCAGCCCCGCGCUUGUGGCUACGCUGUGGGAUGUCACGGAUCGGGACAUUGACCGGUUUACCACGACUGCCUUUGACGCGUGGGGUCUGGUUGAGAAGAAGGAUAAGAAGGAUAAGAGCCGAGGGCAGGAUGUUGGGCUUGACACAGCAAUUGCGCGGUCCAGGGGUGCAUGUGUGUUGAGGUAUCUGAACGGUGCAGCGCCUGUGGUUUAUGGAGUUCCGGUGUUUUUAGAGUGA